AUGGAUAGCAAAGGGAAAAUCCCCUAUGAGUUGCUCCUAAACAAGAAAGGGAGGGCCCGCCUUCCUGAUAAACUAAUGGAUCACCUCAACAAUGAAGAGCUUAAUGAAGUGAUUUGGUGGCUGCCUGAUGGCGCCAGCUUUGCUAUGGAUUCCAAGACAGUACAGGAGAGCUUCUUGGAUGUCCAUUUCCGUGGAACCAAAUUGACGUCCUUUAUUCGAUCUCUGAACCGGUGGGGCUUUCGAAGAGUGUUUUUUCAUGCAAUGCCUAGGAAUGCCAUUUGUUUCCAGAGCCCCAAGUUCAAAAAGGGUGAACCUCAGCUCCUGAAGGAAAUGAAAUUGGCUCCCACUGGGAGUGGAGGUGCCAGCAAACCUCCAUUCAUUCCUGACCGGGGCCAUAUUGGUGCCUCUGCCAGUGCUGCAGCUGCCUCCUCUUCCAGCCAAGUUGAUGUUCUCUUUGGCCAAGAUAUUGGAGCCCAAUCAGGCAUAUCGGGGGUUGCUUCGCUGCCCGGCUCUUCUGUCGGUGCAACAGGAUUAUCAUCACUUCAGAAUAUGAGCGGUGUUUUGGGUCACCAAUCAAGAGGUGGGUUGGCCUCCCCGGGCCCAUUAAACUUGUCAUUGGGCGGUCACAAUCAUUUACAACAGCUCCAAAGCUCCUUGCAACCAAAUGCCGGUGCUCCUGGUGCGGCCGGGAAUCGGGAUCAGGCACUACUGGCCGCGAUGCAAAGGGGGGAUCUUUUUAACCAACUCCAGAUACAGCAACACCUGCAGCAGCAACAACAACAACACCACCAACAACAACAGCAGCAAAACCGAGAUUUGCAAUAUGUGCAGAGUCUCUUCCCGCCGUCAGCGGCAACGGCGGCAGGAGCCGGUCUCCCGCAAGGGUUUCUUGCCUCUCAAGGACUGUCACAAGGAGGAGCACCCAGUAGCAUCUAUGCUGCUGCCGCCGCACGGCAGAGACAGUCGGAAUUCAAACAAGCCGACGAUCCACCAGGUAACAGGGAAGAAGAAGACCCUGAUGCUGCUUUGCUGAGUCUGCUGAGGAGGCAGAACAACAACGGUCAUGAUCCAUGA